CCGCAACUCUUCAGCGCCACGAACAUUCGUAGCGCACUGGCUCGAGCUUCACUUUAAGGCAUUUAACCUUAAAUAAAUGUAAAACAUCUGGAUUUCAAGUCAGCGACGAAGGUUAUAAGAUGAAAGGAUGGAUGCACACGAUAUUGAAAAUGUUAUAGAAGAAGAGCUGGAGAAGAUGAGUGUGAAUUUCUCUGAUGUGGGCUCCGACAGUGACACGGACAUUGAGGAUGAUUUCACUGCAUCUAAUGAAAAGUUAACGAAUGAUCUUCCUGACUCAGUGCUCGUUUACUUUAAAGCUGCGAGAAACAGAGUGAAGACUUUUGAGCAACUCAUCCUUGAAGAUAAUGAUGAUCUUGAGAUCGUGUGCAACGAGAUCAGCCCAAGUCAGCAUGCUGAACUUUUGAAUGAACUAGACUCUAAUUCUGAUGAGGAUCCAUUAAAGCUGAAGGAAAGAAUAAUGUCUGAGAUUGAAGAGGAACUAGGCCCGCUGUGUGAAACUCACAACCUGAAUGGAGAUUAUGAAACUGAAUAUGACACACACAAGGAUACUGAAAGACAGCUCAGGUUUGAAUGGAGAAGGCUGGAGGAGCGACUGAGGCAGGAGGAAGAGCAGAAGCUGGCCGAGCUCGAGGCUGAGAGGGAGCAGCGUCUGAAAUCAGAAAGAGAAGAGAAAGAGAAGAUGAGGCGCAGAAGUGAGCACUUAAAUGAGGAACUAAUGAGGACCAGGGCUGCAAAUCAGUUUAAAUAUUUAGAUCCUGUUGAAGGAGAUAAUGAAAUAACCCAAAGUCUUCCACUCGAAAUGGCCAACCAGCAGGAGCUGAUCAAGAGAUUAGAAGAACAGAUAGCAGAGGAGAGACGGGUUUUUGAGGAAAUACAGCAGGAGGAGCGGAGGAGAUCAGAGGCACGGUGUACUGCAGCAGCCACGAUGUUACAGGCAGCUUUCAGAGGGACCCUGGUGCGUCGCUGGAGCAAAAUAGAGCUGAACAAGAAGAGAGACGAGGAGAGGAGGAGACUGGAGGAGAGGAUAGAAAGGGAAAAGAGGAGAGAGAGGGAGGAAAGGAUGAAGAUGGAGUGGGAGAAGGAGAGAAGGCGGGUGGAGGAGGAGGAACAGCGUCACCGAGAUGAGGCAGAGAGGAGAAGAGCCGAGUACGAGAGAGCCAAGCAACAGGAGCACCAUCGCCUGGAGAGAGAGUGCAUGCUGGAGGAGCAGAGAAGAAAAGAAAAGGAGGAAGCAAAGAGCAUAGAGGAUGAAAGGAAAAUAAAGAAGGAGGAGAAGCAGAAAAGGAUGGAACAGAUGAUAGUAGAAGAUGAAAUGAGAAAAGUACAGGAGAACAAGGGGAAGAAAAUUAAAGAAGAUGAAAAAGCAAAAAUGAUUCACGAUAAAAUAAAAAGAAAAGAGGAUGUGGAAUCACCAGAAGAGACAGAAAAGAGGAGAGUGGAGGACAAAAGGAAAAAAGUACAGGAGGACGAGGAAAAGAAAAGUAAAGAAAGGGAAAAAUCACAAAGGACUGUGGAUGAACUAAAAAGAAAAGAUGAUGAAUUGACUGUAAUGAUAGAAGAGAGGAGAGCGGAGGAGGUAAGGAGAAAAGUACAGGAGGAUGAGGAGAAGACAAAAAAAGAAGAAGAAAAAGAAGCUGAAAUGAAAAGAAUUGAAACUAAAACACAGAAAAUGAUGGAAGAGAAGAGCAUGGAGGAGGAGAGGAAAAGAAAAGAAGUAGAAGAAGCAAAGAGGGUUGAGGAUGAAAGGGAAAGAAAAGAAGAAGAAAAGCAGAAAAGUAUGGCAAUCAGGAUUGAGGAAAAGAGGAAUGUACAGAUGGAGGAGGAGAAGGAAAGAAAAGCUGUGGUAGAAGCAAGAAGAAAAGAAGAUGGAAGAAAAAGAAAUGAUGAAGAGAAACAGAAAAAUAUGGAUAGGAGGAGGGUAGAGGGGGAAAAGAAAAGAAAAGAAGAGGAAGAAGAAAAGGGAACUGAGGCCAGAAUAAAAAGAAAAGAGGAGGAGGAAAAGCAGAAUAGGCUGAAAGAAUUAAGACUGGUAGAAAAGAUUAGAUUAAAGCAAAAAGUGCAAGAUAAAGAGAGUGAACAUGAGCAAAUACAGGAAGGACAGAGAAAGAAACUAAAGCAGAAGGAGAUAAAAGGAGAGGAAAGAUUAUUGAAAACAAAUGAAGAUGGAGAGAAUAUGGAGGAAAGAAAUAGAAAUGCGAUUAAGGACAAUGUAAAUAGACUUGAGACUGAGAGAGAAAAUCAAGAGACUGACGAGGAGAGCGAGAAAACUACAAAAUGUGGAAAAGAUGAGAAAUGUGUUGAUAAUGAAUCCCAGCUCUGUCUUUCUCAGUCAGUCAGUGUGUCCAAAAGUGUCUUGGCCAGGACUCUGUCCUCUAGAUCUGGGCAAGACGAGCAGCACAGCUUUUUUCCAGAAUCAAUCCUGCACUCUGGUAACAGCAGCAUAACAGUGAAUCCAUCUGAAGGGAAGAAUGUCACAGACACCAGAGAGCCACAGUGUGUUCUGGAUGACUUGAGCUCUGCAUGUCUGUCUGACAGCACUGAGCAGAAGAGAUUAGCCUGGAUGAUGAACUGCACUCCCUGGUCCAAGCUCUCCAUGCAGAACAAGAGAAAGGGACUCGGUGCUCCACCUAGGAGGAUGGGGCACAGGAGAGCUUCAGGACAAAGCCUGCUACCUUUACCUGUUGACACUGUACUCAAGUCUGGACCCUGGAGCUCUCUUAAUCAGGUGACUUCAGUAACUCUGGAGGAUUUAUCUGGCUGCAGUCUGUCCACACUGUCUGAGUGUACUAGACUACAGAGUCUGACGCUCAGGCGAUGCAGACUUCAGGCCCUGGAUGGACUUAAUCAGUGUACUGCGCUUCAGCAUAUUGACUUACAGGAAAACAAUAUCACAUAUGUUGACUGUGGGGGUCUGGCCAGACUUGAGGUCCUGCUGUUGGGAAGGAAUCAGCUUACGAGCAUCCAUGGUCUGGAUGAUGCUAUGAACCUGACUGUGCUUCAGCUUUCCCACAACAUCAUCUCCCGCAUCAGUGGUCUGGGAUCUCUGAAAAACCUUCACCGACUCACAGUUGAUCAUAACCAGUUGAUCAGCACGAGAGGACUUGGUGAAGCUUUCACGCUUUUGCAUCUGGAUUGUUCGUAUAACCACCUUAGCCAUGUGGAAGGCCUGGAGAACUGUGCACUGCUCAACACACUGGACCUGAGGGGAAACAGCCUGACAGAGAUGCCCGUGCUUAAGAACCAUGUCCUGUUGAGGGAGCUGUAUCUGGAUGAUAACAGCAUCUGCUCUCUGCAUGGCCUGGAUAGCUGCUGGCUGCCUCUGCUGCGCUGUCUGUCUGUGCCUCAGAACAGUAUCACCCAGCUACCACUGCUAGUGGACCUGCUUUCCCUGAAGACACUUAAUGUCAGUCACAACUGUCUUUCAGAGCUGAGGAACAUUUGUAUGAGUCUUCAGGGAUGCACUCAUCUUCAGGAGCUUAGCAUAACUGACAAUCCUGUACAGCAGGAGAAUAACUGCAGGUCUUCUGUUCUGGCAGUAAAUCCAAGUUUGAUAAAGCUGAACGGAGAGCAAACCGGCGCCUCAGGAAAACUCUCUGUAGACUCAACACAGCUGUGGAGCUUCCAGGCCCUCUGCCAGGCACACCAACAUCAGAUUGACUCAGUACUACAGAGACACUGCAUGGAGAUCAGCUCAGCUCCAUCUGCGCUACAUGCUCAGCUCCUGGUUGGUAACCACACUGCUGAGCUGUUUCAGUUGGCAGAAGAGCAACGCUACGCUCAUGAGUAUGGGAACAGUGGUGUAUGUAAGACAGCCGUGAAAGAACCUGUGGCCUCCAGCAAUCUACAGGAAUUAUCUGACUGGAAAUUAUCACAGGAGCAAAGUGGUCAGGAGAGAACCCCAAAUCCAGCAGAGCACAAGACUCUGAGCUGGCAAGCACCACAUCUGCCCAAUUUUAUCCACCAUUUCCAGCCCACUUCUGAUGACCAUAAAGCUGGUUGUGCAGAUAUCUGCAUAAGUCCUACUCAGAAAUUCAGGGAGACACAAGCAAAUGAGGAAAGAUACAACAAACAUGGUGUCCAGACAUCCAGGAUGGAUCUCAAAACAGUGGCAGUUAUGGUGAUUCAGCGCCGUUGGCGUGAACACAGACAGAAGAGACGAACGAGCCAUUUAGGGCCACCUGCAAAAGCUCCUGCAAGAUUAAGUCAUCAAAGAGAAGUGAAAUCCUGCACAACCAAGCCUGAGUGUCUUAAUAAAGACUACGCUGCCACCGUCAUUCAGGCUGUAUGGAGGGGCUACAUGCUACGGAAGAGGCUGACUCAUGCUCUCAUGCUCACCCAGAUUUCAGAGGGAGAUGAGGCCUUUGAGGAGGUGGACAUGGAUGAAUUCGUUUUUGAUGAGGAAGCUAUGGAGAAGGACUGGAUUUCUCUGCAUCCUGACAUGUCGCCGUCUUCAGUGCUGCCAUAUUCAGAACAGCUUCUGCUGCCAAAGAAGCCUCCGCUUCAUCUGCCUGAACUUCAGAAGAGUGCAUGUGUGCAGCCAUGGAAGCCAAGACAGGCCUGGAUUAGCAGUGGUGAAGCACCAGUGUCAGAGCAGAGUCACUCACCUGAUCCAAGCACCAGUACACAGUCACCAGCAUCCACACAAGGAAAAUGUUUCUCAGAAAGAUUUGAGAAAAUUCUGGAAGAAUGGGGUAUUACCAGUGGUUCCACUGCCCAUCUUAUGCUAAAAAGGGCUCAGAGGAUGAAGCCCCGGAAGCAAAAGCAUCGGAAAAAAUACUUAGCUGGCAGAGGAGAUGUGAGUGCUCAGGAGGCAGUCAGAGGAGAGCCAGAGCAGACAUACAAGCACACACAGACACGCCACAGAACCUACCAGUGGCUCCAAACCCAAGCCAUGCCAAGCCGGGAAAGCUCUGCCCCCUCUGUGAGUGAUCAUUUCCUCCCGGAGAUUGACCCUAAAAUUCUGAAUGGUGGAAAGGUUCAGCUUGUGGCUUCUACAGACUACAGAGGGACUCCAGAUUCAGCUGUGACGAUUGACAACGCUGGUUUCUCUUCACCUCAAAACCACCCGGUUCUCACUCAAAUACACUCGGCUGGACAUGCAAAAAAAGAUGUGCCGUCUCCUCAAAGAGUUACCUUGGCUCCAUCUCGAAAGGAGAGAAUGUCAUUCCGAGACAAUCCAGUGCAGCUGAGUGGAGGCUGGGGAGGAGGCAAGAAGCGAUAUAAAGCAAACAAGUUUAAAUAACCUUACUACAAUAUAUAGACAAUAUUUUUUCCAAUGCCUUGUACAUUUAUUUACUUAUGUAGGUGUAUACAUAUUCUGUGGACGAUGAAGGUGUGUUUUUAAGCUUACACGCUUAUGCUCUUUAAACCCCAAUUAGUCCUAAUAAAGUCUUAUGAUGCUCAAACAAUCUCCCCCUAAAUUCCCUGCAGCUUCUGUUUCACUAAAAUUCAGCUUCUUCCGCUGUAAAUUAAUUAGAAGCAAUGGAUGAGGUAUAACCCAAAUAUCUGCAGGCAAUCCCAGGAUGUGUGUUGUUCUCAAAUAUCAGUGACCAUAGCAAACCAUGGAAUUGUGUAGAAACCAUUUUUGAAUGACAUGCUUAAUAUGCGAACAACAGCAGACAAUACUAAGCAGCGCAUUGUCUAAACCAG